ACUUGUUCUCAGUUGCGUUGUGUUGGGUCUUCGUUUCCUUAUUUAUUGUGGUUGGUUAGACUAGGUUGAUGAUCGGUGAGGCGAGGUGAAGCAGAGGAAGAAAAUGGCAUCGCAGCAGCAUAUCGAGAAGAUGCAGCUUCGCCAGAACUUCCGCAAUUUCUGGCACACUGAUCUAUUCACUACCAUUCAAGCUGACACUCCUUAUUGAUGCUUUGCUCUCUGGUGUGCACCGUGUGUAUCAUAUCUGCUGCGUAAACGAGCUCUUUAUGAUGAUAUGUCAAGAUACACAUGUUGUGCUGGUUACAUGCCCUGCAGCGGUCGCUGUGGAGAAAGCAAAUUUCCUGAACUCUGCCUCGCUGUGGAGGUUGUCUGCUGUUUUGGAAAUUCAGUGGCUUCAACUCGGUUUAUGUUACAAGAUGAAUUUAACAUUCAAACUACGCAGUGUGAUAAUUGCAUCAUUGGUUUCAUGUUUUGCCUUCAACAACUAGCCUGCAUAUUUUCUAUCAUUGCUUGUAUUGUGGGAAAUAGUGAACUUCGAGAGGCUUCCCAACUACUAUCCUGCUUGGCUGACUUUGUCUACUGCACGGUGUGUGCCUGCAUGCAGACUCAGCAUAAGAUUGAAAUGGACAAGCGUGAUGGAAAAUUUGGACCCCAACCAGCAAUGGGCGUUCCCAGUGCUCAACAAAUGUCACGUUUUGAUCAGGCAGUUCCUCCUUUUGUUGGGUAUUCACAUGCCUAAGAACGCUUCCUCCUUCUCCUUAAAGAAUGAUUUAUUCUUGGGUUGCAUUUCCAUCAACUUCUUUUAUUCAUGUGAACACAUUGAGUAAAUCCUCGUUUAGUUUCUGAAUUUUUAAAACGGUUUUAUUAUCUGAUU